AGGCCAACUGCAACGAAGAAGAACGAUUCCGGAAGUUAGUGUCUGUCAGCGAAGACUGCGGGAUAGAAAACCAAAUCAUUUUAUUGUAAAAUGGCUUUUGUGUCCAACAGUGAUGAUUUAUUUGACUCCAUUAUCAUGGCUGAUCACAGGUCUUAUGAUGAAGCGUACAAGGAAGGGUUUGAGGAGGGAACGCGUCAGGGAACCAUCAAUGGCAGAAACCACGGGCUGCUUCACGGAGCCAAACUCAGUGCAGAGGUUUCUUUUUAUUAUGGAUUUGCCCUUGCAUGGAAAUGUCUCUUUCAAAACAGUAGUGAUGUUAAAGCAAGAAAAAGGCUGAAAGCUAUGGAAUCUUUGAUUGGAUUGAUCCAAAACUUUCCAUAUGAGGACCCUAAGCAUGAGAAACUUCAAGAGAACAUGGAAAGGCUGCGUGCCAAGUUUAGACAGGUGUGCUCUUUACUGAACGUGGCAACAGACUUUAAAGAAUAUAUAAGAGGAUCAACAGGAAUGUCCUUCUGAGAGAUGGCAGGAGCCUUACAGCAACCAUGGCUAACUCAGAGCGCCUCCUGUGAGCACGCCAUGAUGAUCUUCUGCAGACAGACAGUCUUGGUGAAGGGGUUUGUGGUUUUCAUGUGCCGUGUGUAUAAGAGAGGACCGUUAUCACUCUCACUGGACUCGUAAAUCUGGAUUCUGGAACAGCUCUUUAAACUGAAUUCUAGAAAACACAGUGGAAGAAUUUGAGUGAUAUUCUUAGGUGUUUGAGGGUUUUAAAGUGAGAUCAACAGGGGUGAAAUAGCAACGGCAGUGAUAUGAGUUAAUGUAAGACAAGCCAAAGCCACCGUCUUCAUAAGAAUAUUCCAUCUCCCAAGAUGUUUUUUUAAAAAAAUUUUUAGCAAUUUUAACCCUUCUGUGUGUGGAUUUCUACAAAGAAGUUGAGUAUGAACACCAUCUUGUGGUGAAAUUGGGAGAAAGGUUUUUGCCAUCAGGUGGCACUGCCUGCUGGUAAACUGAAAGUACUGCAGGAUUGUGACUUGUAAAAUCAGUAUUAAACUGGAUAUAAGCAGCACAGGCAGUUUCACAAUAAAGGUUUUACAUUUACACUUUACAUACAGUUUAUGACUCUUCAAAUGCUUUAUUGUUAAGUCCAUGUCUAUAAUAAGAGACAUUUCAGAAUAAAAUAAAUGUACAUUCAUUA